AUGACUACUCCACUGAACAAUGCAAGAGUCUGCAUUACUUGGUGGAGAAACUCAUCAAAGCUGAGCACCUUAAGCAGUAAGUUUGCACAACCAGUAGGCAAAGAGAGGCCAGAAGUAGCCAUCCAAGCCCCUGUAUCUCCAGUAACUCCCAUAGCUGUCAUUAACUAUAUACACGGAGGCUCGAUAGAUGAUAAGCAUAGCACUAGGCGACAAAGGCGAAGGUUACUUCGUGCGGCUUUUGUAAAAGAAUGGAUUAGCUCGCUCCAACACACCUUCAAAGAAGGAAGUGUGCAUCCAGUCGAUGACACAAUCACCUUCUCUCUUAUAGAUGUCAAUUGGGUGUUGCAAUCGCAUGAAGACGUCUUAAUCCUAAUGCUGGGAGUGAGCAAAUUCGACGUGCGGAGAAUCCUAGUUGAUUCAGGUAGUUCAUUUGAUCUUUUACAAAUGUCGACCUACAGGCAAAUGGGCUACUCGCCAUCAAACCUAGAGAAUCUAGGACAUUUGCUAUCUGGAUUCAAUGGAGCUACAACAACCUCUUUGGGCGAUGUUGUAUUGCUCGUCCAAGCUGGCCCGAUCACAUUGAGUGUGCGGUUCUUAGUGGUCGACGAUCUGUCUCCAUACAAUGCCAUUAUGGGACAUGAAUGA